AUGGAUGUUCCUAUCAAUAAUUUCAAAGGGGUAAUGUUAUGUAACAGACCAAAUGAAAAUGUUAUGGUAAUAAAAGAAAAGCCAUUCUGCUCAAGAGUCUAACCUUAUGAUUAAUGGGGAUUAACAAAAAAAUAUGAAGAACCUAAAGUGGUUGUACCUCAAACUAAUCCUGUAUUAGAGAGACAUAAGAAAUGGUUAGAGGAGUUCAAACUCUAAAAUUAGAUUAAAAAACAUGCCAAGGAAGAAUUAUAAGCAAGAGAAGAUGAGAAAUUUUUAAGAGUGAGAGAAUUGGCAAAGAAAGAUAGAGAAGUAACAAAAAAAAUGAAGGAAGAUUACAAAUAGAUGAACGAGCUUAUUAAAAAAGAAUUGCAAGAAGAAGCACCAAAAACUAAAACUGUGGCAUUAACAGCAGAGAAUCUAAAAAAGUUAGAAGAAAAAGAUUCUAAGUCUGAAAGUAAACCAGGCGACAAGAAAAAGAGAUAUAAAACCAAGCCAGUUUGGGCUAUGACUAAAGAAGAAGAAGAGCAACAUUUGAAGAACGAGGAAGAUGAACUUUUGAAUUUUGUAGAAAAUCUAGAUUAUGAUUCAUAUGUCAAUGACUUAGAAGUUAAUGUUAUGCUCAAGGCUCUCUAAUAAAGAGUUGCCGAUAUUAAAAAAUAAGAGUACUAAUAAGAAAAACCAGAAAAUCAACCUGAAUAAAAGUAAGAAUAAAGAGAACCUGAUAUUUACGAUAAAAUUAGUUAAUCCUUAGGUAAAAAUGAUGAAGCUAGAUCAGUGCAUUCUGAAAAGACUUAAAAUUCUAUUAAUCAACUAAGGAAGAAGCAAGAAUAGCUAGAAUCUGGAAAGUAAGAUUGGGAUAAGACAACUACGAAUGGAGAUUAAAAAGCAUCAUUAGAAGAUAGAAUUGCAAAGCAUGUUGCGGAUGAAAUCCUUAAUUAAUAUAAAAAUAUGUCAAAUAUACAUUCCAACUCAUCAAUCAGAAAGAUAUUAGAGAGAGAAGCCAAGAAGACUCUGCUGGAGACUGGUUUACCUGGACCUGUUAUUUCAGUCAUAAAAAAUGAAAAGAUGCCUAGAGAUCCCAAUACACUACCUUACUUACAUCGUAACCCAGCCAUUUGA